AUGGCUGAAAAGCCGAAAUUUAGGGUAUACCGGCCUCAGGUAAGUCGAUUACUUUAAAUUACAAUCCCUUCAGGCCAUGCUAAACACUUUAAAACGGCUGAAUGGCCAUAAUCUUGAGAAUCAAGGGCUAAACAAUCUAACGGAAGCUUUCCAAAACUUCAUGACACGCACCAGAUUCUUCGCAAUGGGAAGUCUAAGGUCAGAUCUGAUAAAUACUCUAACAAGCAGAUAAAGGUGAUGCUAACUGUACUUUUUAUAGGCGGACAUGGUCCCACUCAGCCGUUGAGUUCAUGAAAUACAGAAGAUUAUUGCCAAUGCUGGUUGCGGAUGAGAGUGAUCUUGGAUCUGCUUUUGACAGUAAGUUGGUUACUGUAAUUUCUAUUAGUUAUUUAGGUUUUGACUUGAACGAAGGUAGAGGACUCUCGUCUAGGAAGGAAGAUCGCCGAAUUCUUGUUUCCAAUAUAUCCCCUAAGGCCACGGUCAGUCAACUUCAGAGUUUCUUCAAUAAAUUUGGUCCGGUAAGUGAAGAAGUUGAUAUAAAAUAAUAUAAUCAAGGUGUACUCUUGUCAUAUGCCGAGUGAAGAUCGGCGUCAGUCAAUGUAUGCAACGUUCAGCCGAUCCAACAAAAAAUAUUCAACUUUAGUCAUCACUUUCAAGUAAGUCAUAAUUUUUCCAACUUUUGUCAUGAUCAAACAAUCCGUUCGAGAAGUUCGAGAAGCCUUAAAUCCAAAUGCACAGUGCAACUCCGAUUUACUUUCAUGCAGAAUGCACGGUGCAUUUUCCAUUGAAUUGAUUUCAAACCGAGAAGGACCGGUAUUAAGUUUUUUGCACGGUGCAGAAAAUAUGUAAAAUUGAUUUCUUGACUGUUUUUGGAUGAUUAAAGGUCCCAAUGGGGCACAAGAAAUUUUAGGGUUUGACGCUGAUAUUCACCCAUGAGGAAGUAUUAUAAUGAAAUUACAGUAAAUUAUAAAAUUUUAUUGUUAUAAUUAUGACAUUUGCAGAGAUGAGAUCUCAGCCCUUAGGGCCAAAACAGCAGCUCCACAAGAGUUGAAGUUCUAUGGGCAAAUCAUGACAAUUAGUAAUUAUGUGAGUAGGAAACGAACAAGUUCUCAGCAUGGAGAUAGCAUUGCGUCCACAAGUGGAAUUGGAUUUACAAUUGGAAGUGGGGAUAAAGGAGGAAAACUCUCGAGGUCAUCUUCAGCAUGCUCAAUGGAAUCUGCCACUACAAUAAGUUCUCAGGUAAGGACUUUUUAUUUUCAACAUUUGCGUUGCCUUGUUUAAUGUAAUUUUUGAUUUAUUUCUAAUAAUUUGUUGUUGUAGCUUCUUCCAUUGGACGAAUUACCCCCUAAAGCAGUAGAAAGAAUCUUCUGUAACCUCGGUUUACUCGAUCGAAUACGUUUGGAACGGACGAAUAAAACUUGGCUCGAAGCUGCGGCCAAAGCCUGGACCACAGUUGAAAGGCUCUGUUUCCAUGAAGAAGAGGACCUCCAGAACUUCUUCACCAACUCCAAUCCCCUCAGAAACUCUCAUCUUAAUGCGUUUCUCCUUCGAUGUUGCUUCCAUCUGAAGUGUUUGGAUCUCUCCAAUACCAAGAAUCUUUUGGAUGACAAAGCUAUUGAGCAAAUCGCUCAAUUUUGUAUAAAUCUGGAGGAAUUGGACAUAUCGGGAGUUCAAUCUGGACCGAACGCCCUUAGAAGUCUUUCUGAGUCGUUGAGUAAGCUGCAUUCAGUGGCUUAUCGGGAGAUGCAUUCAUCGUCAGAGAAGUGUUUUUGGUAUCUCUUCAAAAGCAACGGAAGGUCAAUUCGACGGAUUGAUCUAAGAGGAUGUAGCCAUCUCAAGGGACGAUGUUUCAAGUUGUUUGGUGCUGAGUUAGAAGAGGUAAGUAACAGUUAUAAUAUUAUUUAAAUGGUAAUGCGACGUAUAUUUAAUAUUAGGUUAUAUUUAUUAAUUUAGGUGCUGCUGGAUGGAUGCAGUCGAAUUGAUGACUCAAUAAUUGAUGAACUUUGCGCUCGGUCUAAGAAUCUAAAGGUUUUAAGGCUUAAUGGAUGUUAUCGAUUGACGGAGCAGGCAUUAAGUGUGAUUUCAAGGAACCAGAACUCAUUAGAACACUUCUCAUUAGCUGGUCAAGGCUUUAAUAAUGUCACUGCGGACAGUCUCGCGUUGAUCUCACGGAUUAAAGCUAUUAAGCAUUUAGAGUAAGCCAUCAUUUUGUGGAGUUAAACCAAACUUUUUUAAUUUGACGAAAUUGUCAUUCUUUUAGACUUGACUUUAACCCCGCAGUCAGCGAUUUUUUGAUUCAACAAAUCUGCGAGAACUUACCUGGAUUGAAAAGUUUAUCGCUGGGAUUCUCCGGAUCCGAUCAGUCGAUUACCUCCGAAUCUCUUCAAUUGAUUGCAAAUCUCAAAGAUCUUGAGGAGGUAAGUUGUAUGAAGAAAUUUAAAUUUAUUGAUCCGUUUUAGCUAGACUUUAGUGGACUUGCUGCUUUGGACAACAAGACAUUUGAAAAGAUUUGUUCCGGAUGUAAGAAGUUGAAAGAGAUUACAGUAAGAUCAUGCAUUUAUCUUGGGGAUGCAGGAACUGGAAGUGUGAAGGGUCUGGAAUUGUUGGAGAGUGUGGAUCUGUCAGGCUGUAUUUUGGUGACAACGGUUUCAAUUCAAGAGAUUAUCAGCCAUUUUACCCAUGAAAAAAAUGUGAGUAUUUUAGGAGCAAUUGCCAUAUUUAAAUUAAUUUAUAUUUUAGCCGAAUGGUGCCGACAUUCUGCUGAUUGUUGGGGGAACUCUCUGUGAGAAUAAACUUCGCUACAAAAACUCUCGUGUUCAUGUCGACUUUGACGACAACAGUGCACUCAGUCUGAAUACGGCCAGAAAGUUCAUCGAGACCUUCCAAUCCAAUGGUAGGUCAGCUAGAGAGCCGAAUCUUACGAGGAAGUAGUUAAAAGUUGAUAUAUAUGGUUGGCAACUUAGUUAUUGAAAUUUUUGACUGCUUUUCUUUUUGCCACAACCUUUAAAGGCUUGGCAGUCAACAACUAUAAUACCCACUAUUAGUAACAACAAUACAAGCCUUAUCAUCUGAAUGUGCAGUGGCGCCACCAAGACAGAAACCAGGGAACUUACAAUUAGAAGAUUUCAUGAAGCCGGUUUCUAGAUGUUCUGUUAUACUGAAGUUUUUAUACCUUAGAUCGUACGCAGCCAAAUGGGUGUGAUAUCCGACACAGAGAGUAACAUAAGUACUUCACAACACUCAAGAAAGGAAAGUCUAUUCGGACUGUUUGAUAAUUUUCUACGAUCAUUAUUUCUAUCGGGCCAAACAGGCAUCCCGGCGUAAGUGGAUAUUCUAGAUUUCGUUUUGCUCGCAGCCCGAAUCUUUUCUAUCUCCCAUGUAAACAUAUUCGGAGGAGUGAUACUCUGUGCUGGCAAUUUUCCCGAGAGCAUAGCGCUUAAAAAAUUUGCUAAAAUCUUUAAAAAUGCUUUCAUCGGGUAUAAAGGGUCUCUUCGGCCUUAACUUCAGAAUACCGCGCCUAAGCUCGCUGGCUCCUGUACGGGUUUUUAACAAAGAGAAUAGACAUCCCUUUUCAGGGCCCUAGAUUUAUCAGCGGCACAAAGGUCUUGGAAAAAAAUAGCAACUACUCGGUUAACUUUUUGGGAGCCACUAGGCAGGUCAUGAAGAUAAAUUCGGUCGCGACUUUAUGUCAUGCUCCAAGAAGGAAGACGGUUUAUGCUACUAUUUGGUUCGUAGUGAAUAGCUCUGUCACUACCCGAAGAGUUAACCGCGCUGCCUUCUUUAGCGUCUCGUGCAACACCUUGAAAGACAGCCUACCGCCUAAUUUUAAGCGAAGUCGUAAUAAUUUCCAUUGAUCCUUUUGGGACAAAAUGUUAUCACAAGACUGUUGAAGGUGUCCUAACGUUGUAAACGUUGUACAUUAGCAUUAUGUCAUUCGAGUUCCAAACGCAUUGCAUGGCAUUGCAAAAUGACCACUCAAAAUUGCUCUUAUUCAAAUUCAAGGUACUACACCAACGCGCGAUCUGCGAGUUGGAUGCCUCUGGGUUUGAUAGUACUCUAACCCUACUACAGGUGGGAUAGUGUGAUACUAGCCAUACUGACUUAAGAAGGUCUGUGGAAUAAUGCAAAAAAAAUUUCAAUAACUUAGUUGCCAACCUAUGAGAAGAAUGUUUUAUGGAUCUAAUCAUCGUUUCCAGAUGUGGACACUCAAAGUGAUGGGGAGUUCUCGGAUGAUGGAUUUGGAAUGCUCUCUGCUCAUCGUAAGUUCAUGUUUUCACUGCUAAAAUGUGGUCUUCUUUUUCGAAUAAUUUCAUCAUGAGGAUUUCAUUACGUUAAUACUAGUCGCGACAUAAAGUCCUGACACAUUUGCACAGUGCAUUUUUUUUUUCUUUCGGACCCGUCGCGGCAAUUCCCCGUUUUUGCACUAGCGACAUGCACUUUUCGCGCGAGUUCGCCACUUUUCUCGCGCGACGGCCACGACAAAAUGUGUCAGGACUUUAUGGCGCGACUAGUAUAAUGUUAUUAUCCUCUAGGAUCGUUCGUGGCCGAUGCCUUGACAGGAGAAGAGGAGUCUCCAUUAGAGAACGACAAUAGUAUCAUCGAAUGGGCCGAGAAAGAGGCCAAGGAACUAGGAUUGCUCAAAUGA